GCUUGGCCAAAAUGAAGUUUAUCUUAGCCCAAAUAUUGCUGCUGAGUACGCUGCUGGCAGCGCUGCAAGCUGUGCCGAGCAUUGAAGGGCCUGAGCUGCUCAACAGCUGCAUGACUGUGCAUGCUGUAAAUGGCGAUGAGAUUCUGCUGCUGAAAAACAGCUACGUAGCCCUGAACAGCGUUAGCCCUAACAUCAAGUGUGUGACCAAAUGCGUGCUGGAGAAAUUGGGCUACAUCGAUAGAAACGGCGCGCUGCUGGGCGAGGUGAUACUCAAAAGCUUUCCCGAUCCCUAUUUGAAUGGCGAGCUGCGCAAGUCCUUGGCCGACUGCAGUCAAAUUGCGGGCGCCAAUGCAUGUGAUAGGGCAUUCAAUAUGCUCGUCUGCAUAGAGCAGCAUACUUGGUAGUAAUGUUGGCUAAAAGCUGCUUAACAAUAAAAUGUUGUGGCUUGCAAUAAAUAAAUUAUUUCAAUUUCUCUAGCUAUUUAUGGCUAAA